AUGACAAAUUAUGCAAAACUUACUAAUCUAUUGGCUGUUCGAACUGAAACAAAAAGCCUAAGAGUAGGAGCAUUCACAAGACAAUCUAGAAGUAUCACUUGUUAUAGAUAUGGAGAAAAAAGCCACAUCACUCAGGAAUAUCUAUCUGAAAGAGAUAAAAAUUCUAAUACUAGAAAGAUGGGCACUACACAACCUACAAGAAUCCAAAUACAAAGGAAUAAGGAAGUCCACUAUUAUAAUAUUACAGAAGAAAGAAAUGAAAUAUAUAAUAUUGCAGAAAGACACUAUCCUUAUACAAAGAAAUAA